ACCGAGUGACAGCUCAGACGCUCGUUCAUUCUCUCUUGGCUUUAAAACCGUUCAAAUUGCAUUAUUCAGUACUCAGUUUGCGAUAUUUGUAGGAAACUCGGAAAAUGUCGACACGAACGCUGCCGCUUGUGUUUAUUAAUCUCGGAGGGGAAAUGCUUUACAUCUUGGACCAGCGCCUGCGAGCUCAGAACAUCCCAACCGACAAAGCUAAGAAAGUGAUGAACGACAUCAUUACCACAAUGUUUAACAAGAAAUUCUUAGAGGAGCUGUUCAAGCCACAAGAGCUGUACUCCAAGAAGGCUUUGAGGACGGUCUUCGAUCGACUUGCCCAUGCGUCUAUUAUGAGACUUAACCAAGCAAGUAUGGACAAGCUUUAUGAUUUGAUGACCAUGGCGUUUAAAUAUCAAGUCCUGUUAUGCCCUCGUCCUAAAGAUAUUCUGCUAGUGACCUUUAACCACAUGGAUGCAAUAAAGGACUUUGUGCGGGACACCACCAGCAUUCUGAGCCAAGUAGAUGAAACGUACAGGCAACUCAUAGAGAUAUACACUCCUUUAUCUGGUGGGGAAUUUCAGCUAAUAAGACAAACAUUGCUCAUCUUCUUUCAGGAUAUGCAUAUAAGAGUAUCUAUAUUUCUAAAAGAUAAAGUACAAAACUCCAAUGGGCGCUUUGUACUUCCUACAUCAGGACCUGUUCCAUAUGGUACACACUCCCCAGGACAUAUUCGAAUGUUUAGCAGUAUUGGUGAGGAGGUGAAGAGGUUGCAGUUUCGUGAUGGGGGAAACUACACAGCUGCACUCCGUGAAGGCUCUUUUGAGCUGUUUGGUGACCGAGUUGUUAAACUAGGCACGAACAUGUAUAGUGUAAGCCGUCCUGUGGAGACGCAGAUGUCUGGAACCUCCAAAAUGUCUUCACAACAUACUAAGGUCAACACGGUACCAAACCCACUGGCGAAAGAAGAGCUGAAUCUACUUGCUAAACUGAUGGGGGGUUUAGAGGUUCGAAAACCAAGCAUCAAUGAAUCUGGAUUCCGUGUCAACCUCUUUGCUACAGAUGAGGAGGAAGAGGAGGCUUUUAUGUCAAGACCAGCAGACCUCUCUUAUGGGGUUAUAAAUAUCCAAGCAACCAAGGAUAAUCAGGCCAAUGCAGAAUUGGCAAAGAUCAUGGGGGAGUUCACUGAGGCAGAGGAGCCAGUUCCAAGCUCCAGCAGUAAAGGUGAUGACCUUUUAGCCAUGAUGGAUGGCCUUUGAUGUGCAGUGAACAGGUAUUCGGCUUCUGUAAAGCAGUCUAGGUUGUGCACGGUGUGCUUCAGUGUCUCACACAGAGAGCUGAAAGAGCGGCCAUCUCCCAAAACAACAACAACAACUAGGAGCUGAUAUGUGUUCGUGCAGGUAGAGUCGAUCAUUGUCAGACACUGUCCAUCUUGUUUGAGUGCAGCCGUUGUUGGGGAUUCUUUAAGUCUGAGCAGUUGCUGUUCAGUUGUAAGUCAAUGUAAAUUAAAACUUUGGUGAUUUCACUGGACAAGUCACUUGUUUUAUCAACAAAUGCCAUUUAUGGACAUUGACUACAUACGGGUAAGGUCUUUUUAACUUCUAAAAUAAAUGCAAAUUAAGUUAAAAUUAACUCAUUACAGUGAUGUGAUAUAACAAUAGCAAAACAUCAGGGCAGAAACAGCUAACAGAAAUACACCUACUAUAGAAAGCUUUACUGCUAACAUUAACUAUAGAAUAAUUAUUGAUUACACCAUACAUAGCCUUGCCAGCUACUGUGUUGUAGGCAGGCAAAAUAGAAAAGGAACAAAAACACUUCUAAGAAAAGCAAUGUCCUGUAGAGAUCCUGUGAACAAAAGUAGUCUGAGUGUUAACUUUCGCAAAACAAUACUGAUUUCACUUUUAAUUAAAAUUUGCACUUUGUAUAGCUGUUUUACCAGUUUGUAUUUCCAUACCAACUUUUAGAAGCUUUAAUACCCACUUACACUAUAUCCAUCUUAACCUCAUUGCAUUAUAAUGAUACCCUGUGAAGUGUUUUGCUAAGAGUAGUUUAAAAAACUACCAUGGGAUGUAAUGCUAAUAAAAUGUCAUCUUUUCUUUGGUGGCUGUGUACUGCAUUUAGUAAAUACAAAUUUAUAUAUGGUCUAAGAACAUAAUGGCAAUUAAAUGAACCAAAAUGUGUAACGAGAGGUCAAGUCUCCAUAUGGGAACAUAAUAUUUACAUCUGUUGAACAAUCAGAGAUCAGGUGGAGUAAAGAGUGCACAUUUUGCAUUUUGAGCAUGUGUACUUGUACAAAUGUGGAUCAUGUUGAUCGUUUUUACCUUGGCUGAAUGCUUGGCAGCUUGUGAACCUUUAGUGAAAUAACUACAGGUGUAUCCCAAAUUACAAUCUGAAUGAAUAUCAUUCCAUUUAUAUAGACAAAAUCAGAGCUAUCAGUUAACAGUCAAUAAAAGUAGAUAAACUGAAAGGUCUCUGCUUGUUCUUUUAUUAAGUGGUCCUGCCUUUUCACAUUUUGAUCAACCACAUACACACAUGACCUCUAAAUCAGAAAACUGAAUCCCUUUACAUGAAAUGCACUGGGAUGCUAUAGAGCUGCAGGAACUAGCCUCACUGUUAAGUAAUAAACAUGUCAUUUUCAGAAAUUUGAUUAUUAUUUUUAAUUAUUUUACCAUCUAGAAGAAGAGAUGUGUAGAUAUCUACAGGUGUGUUGAUAUAUUAAACUCCCUUCUUCUGAAUAUGUGGAUAAUAAAUACACUGUUUAUAGAAUAUUGUACAUUUGUGUAGUACUGCUUAACAAGGUUCAUUUGAUUUUCUCUUGCCUUUGAUUUUCUGUGUCUGUUCAUUCAUACAUAAUUCACAAAUAAAAACUAUGGAACCCAAAUAAACUGUGCUUCCUACCAAGAUAAAACAUGCUUUAGCUUAGUGUUACAACUAGAUUUCCACCAACAUAAAUGUCAUGUUCAUGAUAUUUUGUGUGCAAAAAUGUAAUAUCCUGUUGUAGAGAAUGUUCAAUUAAA